CACCAUUUGAAUUGUUGAGUUCAGGGAGUUUAUUCCUGAUAUGUGGGAGAAAAAAAACGGUCAAUUUGACUGUUCCGUAGAAGUGCUCAGGAAAAUUGUACUAAAUGGUUAAUUAGCGUAGAGUUUUGUAGCUUUACCAAACCGACAUAGUGGCUAGCCAUUCUUUCAUGGCAUCUUUCCAAAUCACCUUAUUUGUUGUGAUAUCUACAGCGAUUCAGCAGGUCCAGCUAACAAGCUAGCUCAGGCUUAGCAUAACUAGCUAACUGAUGUUCAGUAGGAAACAUAGCUACACAGACAUAGCUAGGUGAACGUGCCGGGUGCUUGCUAACUUCUCUAAUUUCGUGCGUCCUUGCGAUUUAAUCUAAAUUGUUUCUCUGACGAACUGUUUUCUAGCCAACAAACAAUGCAUUUCUACAAGUCUAAUGUUUAUUCCAUGUAAUUGACAAGAAGAUAGCUAGCUAACUUUGCUGGCUAACACCGCCCGGCUAGCUUCAGCUUGCUCGUUUUUGGUAACGUUACUCUUUGUUUUGACAAAGGACCUGAUAUUUUUUUUUCUUCCAUAUUUGGAAUAUACCUGGGACAUUUUUGUAUUUCCUGGGCCAUGUCUCCCCAGAAGCACGGUUCUUCUGACGGCGGCAACAACGUAUCGGGUCCCGUUGUGGGAUACGUUGGUACCGGUGGCGGCAGAGCGAACGGCCGUGUCUACCACCACCAAACAACUGCAGUUGUGGUGCCCGCAGCCAAGAAGCCGAAAAUGGAACUGGUUCAAGCCGAUCAUGAGUUGUUCUUGCAGGCAUUUGAAAAACCGACCCAGAUCUACAGGUUUCUCAGAACAAGGAACUUGAUAGCGCCCAUAUUUCUGCACAGAACCCUCACCUACAUGUCCCACAGAAACUCCAGAACAAACGACAAACGGAAGUCCUCCAGGGUGGAUCACCUGCUGUACAGAGUGGAGAAGAAGAGGGCUGAGCAGAAGACACACAGCCUGGCUUCACACCUGCAACUCACCUUCACUGGGUUCUUUCAUAAAGUCGAGAAGUCAUCAGUAGCCUCAGAGAAUGAGCAGACCUCUGUUUCGCUAGAGGUGCUGCUGGUUAAAGUCUGUCACAAGAAGAGAAAGGAUGUGAGCUGUCCAGUGAAGCAGGUUCCUACAGGGAAGAAGCAGGUGCCUCUGAACCCAGACAGCAGCACUUCCAGCAGUCAGCCCAAGCCAGGCUCCUGUCCUUCUCUGGUGGUGUCCAGUAGUGAGUUUGAUGCCAGCAACGGCCACACGGUCAAGUCCUACUCCCUGUUGUUCCGAGUGUCUGGACCAGGCAGGACGCAGCACAACGGACUGGUCAAUGGACAGACCAAUGAGAAUAUAGAGGAUGUGUGUAACAGGAAGAAGAGAAGCUCCACCGUCAGACAAGAAGAAGUGGGAGAAACAACGUUCGUAGCUCAGAUGACUGUGUUUGAUAAGAACAGGCGUCUGCAGUUGUUAGAUGGAGAGUAUGAGGUGUCUAUGCAGCAGAUGGUGGACUGUCCGGUCAACAAGAAGAGAGCCACCUGGGAAACCAACCUGGAUGGAAAGCUCCUCCCUCCGUUUGAGACGUUCUCCAAGGGUCCUACUCUCCAGUUCACACUGCGUUGGACAGGCGAGCCCAGUGAUAGGUCGACGGCCCCUGUGGCCAAACCCCUUGCCACGCGGAACGCUGACGCUAGCAGCCUGACCUCCGACCCUAGGCCCUGCUCCCUCAGACCCACUCAGACCGUAGCUGUGAAAGACUCCUUUAGCAGUACAGAAUUUCAGAUGAGACGAGAACACACACUUGAGGAACCAAGUGACAAUCUACGCAUUUUCUACCAGUUCCUGUAUAACCACAACACACAGCAGCAGACCGAGGCUAGAGAUGACCUCCACUGUCCCUGGUGCACUCUGAACUGUAGGAGACUCUACAGUCUCCUCAAACACCUCAAACUGGCCCACAGCAGAUUCAUCUUCAACUACGUGCCCCACCCUAAAGGAGCGAGGAUAGACGUGUCUAUUAAUGAGCGUUACGACGGGGCGUACGCUGGGAAUCCUCAGGAUGUUCACAGUCAGCCCGGCUUCGCCUUCAGCAGGAACGGACCCGUCAAGAGAUCCCCUGUCACACACAUCCUCGUCUGCAGACCUAAGCGUCUUCUCCCCCCCAGUCUGUGUGAGUUCCUGGAGGCUGAUGGAGAAGAGGGAGACCAGCAGAGAAUCAUCCCUGGUCACAACCGCCUCUACUUCCGCUCAGACAGCUGUACCCCCAAAACUCCCCAGGAGAUAGAUCACGACAGUGAGGAUGAGACGGACCCCUUCUGGCUCCGAGAGAGGACCAUCAUGCAAAUCCAGGAGUUUACAGACGUGAACGAUGGCGAGAAGGAGGUGAUGAAGCUAUGGAACCUUCACGUUAUGAAGUAUGGCUACAUAGCAGAUAACCAGAUGAACGGAGCCUGUCUGGCGUUUGUGGAAGGUUGCGGUGUGUACAUUGCCAGGAAGAACCUCUGUAGGAACUUCCUGUUACACCUGGUCAGCAUGCAUGACUUUAAACUGGUUACCACGACAACCAUCAACCAGGCCAUGACACGCCUCCGACACAUCCAGCAGACCCAGCGGCAGGAAGGAGGAGAGGGGGAUGGAGGAGAGGAGUGGGUGACAGCGCUGGAGUCUCCGUCUGAGCUGCAACCCGACUAUGCCACAUGUAAUGAUGACCACACGGAUGGUAAGAGUAACCAUGGUAAUGGCCGCACGAAUGGAAACGGCGAUGGUGAUGAAACUGGUAGUUCUGUUGCUGUGGAAACAUCCAGGCCGAGCAAGAGGCAUAAGUUCUGAAGUACCCUCCUCCGGCCCUCUCCUGGAGGAGGGAUAAGUAUCUAAAAUGAUGCCCGGUGAUUGGCUGUGGAAGAGGGUGUUGGUGGUGAUUGGAGGGAAUAAGAGAGACUCAUGAUGACAUCAUUCCAAACAAGCACUGGGGUGUUGGGUUUACUGUAUAGAGGUGGUGGGCCAGAAUCAUUCAGUCAAUUUGGACACACACAAAUACACACACACACACACAUUGUCCCACUGGUUAUAGCAGGGAAACCUUCAUCUAGUGUUUUCCUAUGUCUGGUUAUUCAGUCUAGCUUGUUGUCAUUAGACUAAUGUUACAGUGACCAUGAGUUGUGUAAACACAUCACUUCAGCAAUAACUUAGUCUGAGUCCCAACUGGCACCAUAUUCCGUUAUACUAGUGUGCACUACUUUUCAUCAGGCCCUGCUGUAGGCUAGCAUUCUGUCCAGGGGGUGUUUAUCAAGCUGUCUGCUGUAGACUAGCAUUCUGUCCAGGAGGUGUACUUGUACAUCAAGCUGUCUGCUGUAGACUAGCAUUCUGUCCAGGGGGUGUACAUCAAGCUGUCUGCUGUAGACUAGCAUUCUGUCCAGGAGGUGUACUUGUACAUCAAGCUGUCUGCUAUAGACUAGCAUUCUGUCCAGGGGGUGUACUUGUACAUCAAGCUGUCUGCUAUAGACUAGCAUUCUGUCCAGGGGGUGUACUUGUACAUCAAGCUGUCUGCUAUAGACUAGCAUUCUGUCCAGGGGGUGUACUUGUACAUCAAGCUGUCUGCUAUAGACUAGCAUUCUGUCCAGGAGGUGUACUUGUACAUCAAGCUGUCUGCUAUAGACUAGCAUUCUGUCCAGGGGGUGUACUUGUACAUCAAGCUGUCUGCUAUAGACUAGCAUUCUGUCCAGGGGGUGUACUUGUACAUCAAGCUGUCUGCUAUAGACUAGCAUUCUGUCCAGGGGGUGUACUUGUACAUCAAGCUGUCUGCUAUAGACUAGCAUUCUGUCCAGGGGGUGUACUUGUACAUCAAGCUGUCUGCUAUAGACUAGCAUUCUGUCCAGGAGGUGUACUUGUACAUCAAGCUGUCUGCUAUAGACUAGCAUUCUGUCCAGGGGGUGUACUUGUACAUCAAGCUGUCUGCUAUAGACUAGCAUUCUGUCCAGGGGGUGUACUUGUACAUCAAGCUGUCUGCUGUAGACUAGCAUUCUGUCCAGGAGGUGUACUUGUACAUCAAGCUGUCUGCUAUAGACUAGCAUUCUGUCCAGGAGGUGUACGUGUACAUCAAGCUGUCUGCUGUAGACUAGCAUUCUGUCCAGGAGGUGUACUUGUACAUCAAGCUGUCUGCUAUAGACUAGCAUUCUGUCCAGGAGGUGUACUUGUACAUCAAGCUGUCUGCUAUAGACUAGCAUUCUGUCCAGGGGGUGUACAUCAAGCUGUCUGCUGUAGACUAGCAUUCUGUCCAGGAGGUGUACUUGUACAUCAAGCUGUCUGCUAUAGACUAGCAUUCUGUCCAGGGCGUGUACUUGUACAUCAAGCUGUCUGCUGUAGACUAGCAUUCUGUCCAAGAGGUGUACUUGUACAUCAAGCUGUCUGCUGUAGACUAGCAUUAUGUCCAGGAGGUGUACUUGUACAUCAAGCUGUCUGCUGUAGACUAGCAUUCUGUCCAGGAGGUGUACUUGUACACCAAGCUGUCUGCUGUAGACUAGCAUUCUGUCCAGGAGGUGUACUUGUACAUCAAGCUGUCUGCCAUAGACUAGCAUUCUGUCCAGGAGGUUUACUAUGUACAUCAAGCUGUCUGCUAUAGACUAGCAUUCUGUCCAGGAGGUGUACUUGUACAUCAAGCUGUCUGCUGUAGACUAGCAUUCUGUCCAGGGGGUGUACUUGUACAUCAAGCUGUCUGCUGUAGACAAGCGUUCUGUCCAGGAGGUGUACUUGUACAUCAAGCUGUCUGCUGUAGACUAGCAUUCUGUCCAGGGGGUGUACUUGUACAUCAAGCUGUCUGCUGUAGACUAGCAUUCUGUCCAGGGGGUGUACUUGUACAUCAAGCUGUCUGCUAUAGACUAGCGUUCUGUCCAGGAGGUGUACUUGUACAUCAAGCUGUCUGCUGUAGACUAGCAUUCUGUCCAGGGGGUGUACUUGUACAUCAAGCUGUCUGCUAUAGACUAGCAUUCUGUCCAGGGGGUGUACUUGUACAUCAAGCUGUCUGCUAUAGACUAGCAUUCUGUCCAGGAGGUGUACUUGUACAUCAAGCUGUCUGCUGUAGACUAGCGUUCUGUCCAGGAGGUGUACUUGUACAUCAAGCUGUCUGCUGUAGACUAGCAUUCUGUCCAGGGGGUGUACUUGUACAUCAAGCUGUCUGCUGUAGACUAGCAUUCUGUCCAGGAGGUGUACUUGUACAUCAAGCUGCCUCACUACAGAAGCAGGAGGUGGGCUCCUGCCCUCUGGGCCGUUCUGGCUGUUACAAGGCUUACUUAGUACUUUCGUCCGAGGCCCAUAGGGCUCUAUAUAGAUCAGUGGUUCCCAAACUGUUUCACUCAGGCCCCUCUUCCAGCAUUGGGGAACAUCCAUUUCUAUGGGCACAAGCACUGUUAAUGACACAAACUGUUCACACCCCUAAAAUGUUGCAGAUUUAAAGCUUAUUUCCUUGCAAUUCUAUACAUUGACACGUCUAAUGUGUAUUCAUGUGACAAAAAAAUGAAUAUCUACGGGCUAAAAAAGCAUUAAAAAAAGCAUUCGCUGACAUGGGCUAGUUGAUCUGGACAUUUCUGACAAGUUCUAAAUAUCUCUAAGAAAUGCAAUGGCUGACAUGACAAAGAGGAAGUGAUGAUGCAACAACCAGUUUCUACACGUCACCUUGUUCAUUCUAUUACAACUUUCAAGAGCAAGUUGAAAGCUGGACUGAGGUCCCGCUAGGGGGGUGCGCCCCACAGUUUGAGAACCACUGAUGUAUGGAAUAGGAUACCAUCAGUAGUGUGUCCAUCCUCACUGGUUCAUCAGUAGUGUGUCCAUCCUACUUUAGCAACCGUCUUGUCUCAGGUGCCUGUUUGAGACAGACGUGGGUGUCUGUGCACUAGAUAGGGAAUAGGGUGCCAUUUGGGAUAUUUGCUUUGGGACAAACUCGUUAAAAAAUAUAUAUAGUUCAGUAUAGAGACGAACCGAAAAGACUUGGGAUGGACUACCUGAACAAUAUAAACGCUUGUUUUUGUUUUCUUUUGCUAAACGUUUUGCUACAGUGUGCACUAAUGAAUACAACCCUGAUGACGGACAGACUCUGCUGAAAUGUAUUGUUGUUGUUUUUUUUACAAGGGGAAUGGUUGGUUGUAUGAUGAUGCAUUCUGAAUUUGAACAUUUGAUUGUUAUAUGUUUAUUACUAUGGUGGCCAUUUUGAGGCUAAACUUGAGGACGGUACGCUGGUCUGAAGUCCAGCUCUUGGAAACAGGGUUGUUGGAUUAGAAGGUGUCUGGCUCAGGGUAGAAAGAUCACUUUACCCACAAUCCUAAACUAAAUGUGUAUUGCUAUCAGACCUCUGUUUAAAUACUAUUUGGAGUCUUUAACGUUUGCUCUAGCCUGCCUGGAGUGCUAGAUGGGAGGGGAGUUGCAGUUUUGGGACAAUUCUUUUGGUCCAUUUUAAGCCAGGCAAGCUCAAUCAAGCACAGAUAAAGUAUUUGAACCCAGGUCUGGUUACCAGUCAGUCAGGAUCCACUGGUGCUACUAGACAGAUGAUUCAGGCCCUCAGCGAGCGCUGAUCACAGUCAUCUGUAACCUUUUUGAGGUUGUCAGGUCAUUAGGUCACGGUUCAGUUACACUGUAUGAGCACAUUCAUCAUCAAGCUGAAACCUUGCAGCACCCCGAAUGGCUCCCUAUAUAGUACACUACUUUUGACCAGGGUCCAUAGGGUAGUGCACUACUUAGGGAAUAGGGUGCCAUUUGGGACGUACUCUUACUAUGUUGGACUAAUUUGGCAAGGUCAGUGUUGACGUCUUCAGAAAGGUGACGUGUUGACUUGCGAGACAUAAACUAUAGUAAGUAUUACAGUGGGGGAGUAAAAUGUUGAGUUUCCUGACCAAAGGGAGUUUGGAUCUGCUGCAGAUUUUCUAUUUUCCUCACCUGUGAAACUGUCCUAAAUAUCAUAUUAUUUCCUAUAUAUAGUGUACCAUAGGGCCCUGGUCAAAAGUAGUAUGGACCACAGGAGGUUGGUGGCACCUUUAAUUGGGGAGGACGGGCUCGUGGUAAUGGCUGGAGCGGAAUGGUAUCAAACACGGGAUUUCCAUGUGUUUGAUACCAUUCUAUUGGCUCCGUUCCAGCCAUUAUGAGCCGUCCUCCCCUCCGCAGCCUCCACUGGUAUGGGCCCUGGUCAACAGGAGUGUGGUCCCUGGUCAACAGGAGUGUGGUCCCUGGUCAACAGGAGUGUGGUCCCUGGUCAACAGGAGUGUGGUCCCUGGUCAACAGGAGUGUGGUCCCUGGUCAACAGGAGUGUGGUCCCUGGUCAACAGGAGUGUGGUCCCUGGUCAACAGGAGUGUGGUCCCUGGUCAACAGGAGUGUGGUCCCUGGUCAACAGGAGUGUGGUCCCUGGUCAACAGGAGUGUGGGCCCUGGUCAACAGGAGUGUGGGCCCUGGUCAACAGGAGUGUGGGCCCUGGUCAACAGGAGUGUGGGCCCUGGUCAACAGGAGUGUGGGCCCUGGUCAACAGGAGUGUGGGCCCUGGUCAACAGGAGUGCACUAUAUCGGAAAUAGGGUGUCAUUUCAGAUGGAUCCUUUGCUUCUCCAGUGAUAGGGUGGAUCUUUGCAGGUGUCAACGUGAAUUGCAAUCAAUCAGGACCCAAACAAAGGAAGCUGUUCCUACGUUCUGUACCUGUGUGCAGUAUGUUGACUAGGGUCAUGUUCAUUUGGCACAAAACGUUAGAAAGCACUCAAACGAGGAAGUUGGAGGUACUAUCUGUACUAAUACAAUAAAACUUGUCUUCUGUUGCAAAAUGUUUUGCUACAGUGCGCCUCAAUGAACAUGACCCAGGUUUGUGUAUACGUCACUUCAGGGGAAAAAGAGCAACAUUUUGCUCUGGCGAACCCAGAUAAGAAAAACAGGACUGUGCACCAACAUCCUAAAACCAGCUGGACGUUGGGAAUUUAGUAAUAAAGGAGUCAUAGAAAAUGUUUUCUAUUUAAAAGAAUAAAGAUGUUUUGUACUAUUACCA